ACUCCGUCCCGCUCGGCGAGUGCGAAAGUAAACAGAAGUAUUGAGCGGAGAUGGCACCGCCGUCCGCGCUGCUGGCUCUGUCCGUCUCCAUCACCGCCCUGCUGGGCUUCGGACUGCCGGCGCUGCUCGGCGCCGCCACGACGCUGCUGGGGCUGCCGGAGACCAGCGUGACGGAGUGCAUCGUGGCCCUUUAUUUGCUGCUGGUGCUCUGCGUGGCGACGCCGAGACUCCCCAGAGGAGUGCUGGAGGUAACGGGCAGAGGUGUGUUGGUCACGGGCUGUGACAGCGGCUUUGGCCACGCGUUGGCGUUACAUCUGCACCAACUUGGCUUCACCGUCUUUGCAGGAUGCCUACUUAAGGACCAAGGUGGGGCGGGAGCAAAGAAGCUGGAGGACUGUCGCUCGUCACGCAUGAAGGUGCUCCAGCUGGACGUCUGCAGCGACCAGCAGGUGGUCAACGCCGUGGACUUCAUCCGAGAUCACCUGGGGGAGGCGCAGAGAGGUCUGUGGGCGCUGGUCAACAACGCGGGCGUGUCCGCCUUGGGAGAGGUGGAGUUUACGUCCAUGGACACCUACAAGCACGUGUCGGAGGUCAACCUGUGGGGCACCGUCAGGGUCACCAAAGCUGCUCUGCCGCUAAUUCGUCGGGCUAAAGGCCGCGUGGUGAACAUGGCCAGCUCCGACGCUCGCAUGGGGGAUGUCAUGCGCUCGCCCGACUGCGUGUCCAAAUACGGCGUGGAGGCCUUCUCCGACUGCCUGCGCUACGAGAUGAAGCCCUGGGGGGUCAAAGUGUCGCUGGUGGAGCCGGGGAACUUCGCCGCCGCCACGGGCCUCCUGACCCGCCACGCGGCGGCCAACGCGGCCGACAAGCUGUGGGCCGAGGCGCCGGCAGGCGUGCGGGAGGACUACGGCAGAGCCCACUUUGAGCGACGGGCGGCGCUGGUGCGCUCCUUCUGCAGCGGCGGACAGAAGGACGUGGGUCCUGUGGUGCGGGACGUUGUGGACGCCAUCAGGUCCAAGCGUCCUUACACCCGAUACACCCCCAUGGAGCCUCACUGCUGGAUGCGCAUGCAGCUGAUGACGCAUCUUCCUGCCGCGCUCUCAGACCUGCUCUACUUUUAAAUGCUCUUUUUACUCAUCCGCCAUGACAACAUUGCACGUUCUAUCCUCACAACUACUUCCUGUUAUUUGAUUCCAUAUUUUCUGUGACAUAAUACUGUAGAU